AUGGCCGAUUCAAAUGGCACAGUUCAACUGACCUUCCUCACAACAGGAACUGUCCGCAUCAGACCCUCCAUGUCCUCUCAACCCGCGAGCAAUUGGCCGCUAUUUCGCCGCAUACGAUCAUUAUGUGAUCGAUCAUGGACCAAGCCUCUACCGGUUGGUGUAUUUCUGAUUCGUCACCCAGAAGGGCUUUUCCUCUUUGACACCGGACAAUCGCCUUGCUGCAACGACUCAGGCUACCUUCCGCGCAUCGCUCUUUUCAACGGUUUACUCAGUCAAUUCACCAUCGAACCUAAGGACGGAAUUGUGGAGCAGCUGCACAGGAUGGGAAUAAAGCCUACCGACUUGAAGGGCGUUAUCCUAAGCCAUCUACACACUGAUCACGCGGGUGGACUAGAGGAUCUUAUCGCAAAAGCCCCCGUCUUGCCUAUAUAUAUCAGUCGCGAGCACUGGAAGGCCUUUGGCGAGCAUCCUUUCUUUGCGAGCUUGGAAGGGGCGACUCCCAAUCAUUGGCCGAAGAACUUUUCACCAAAGAUUAUUGAUCUGCUAGACAAGCCGCUUGGGCCGUGGAAGCAGUCUUAUCCCUUGACAGAGGAUGAAAGAAUAUCCGUCGUUGACACUUCUGGGCACGUUCCAGGACAUAUUAGUGUGGUUAUCUACAGUAAUAAAGGCAGUGAUCAGAAGAAACGCGUGACAUAUUUCCUUCCUGGUGAUGCGACAUACAGCAUCGAGUUCCUAGAGAAGGAGCAGCCGGAUGGUAUCAACGAUGACCCUAUGCGUGCCUUGAAGACCCUGCAGGUAAUCAAGCAAUUUGCGAGAGAAUCGGAGGUGGUCAUAUUGCCGAGUCAUGAUGUCGAUACUCCUCGUCUGUUGGCUGAGCAGGUAGUCUACCGUCCUUGUGCUUGA